CUCACAUACACACACACACCGAACAGUUUCAUCUACUAUCCAGCCUAUAAUCAUUAAGGUGCUAUUUCAUUCAAACAGUAGAACGAAGAAAAAGAAGGUUUAAGUGGUUCAUUCACUCACACACACACACACACACUACUAGUAGUAGUGUAAAAUCUUUCGUGAAUCGACACAAACCUUAUUGCAUAAAAGUCUGAUAAUUAUUAACACCAUUUCACUUGUUAUUUGUUAGGAUUAGCUUCUUCUCCAUUGAACAUUGUGAAUAGUUAUCGAGAUAUUUAAAAGAUGUCACGAUAAAACAAAAAUCCUAAAAAAUCUCAAUCGAAUAGAAAGAUUGAAAAUAUUAAAAAAGAAACAACACUAACUAGACUUAGUGUUUUCUUCACACCUGUUUUGUGGAUAUUUGUGUAAUUUUCACGGUUUCAACUUUACUUUCUCAAAAAAUUUUCUUCACUUAAACUUUCUGAAAGCCUUACACAAAACUUUCACGUUUGUUUAUUUCAUUACGCGGGAGAGUUAAAAAAAAAGAAAGGAGGAAAGAAGAAAGAAUCUAACACCACCCCACAUACACACAUUCUUGAAGAAACACGCUGAUUUGCACCCUAUUUGUUUUCUUCAUCAAGAGGAAACACAAGAAGUAAUCAUUAUUUCCAAUUCAUUUUGUGGAUUUUAUUCAAUCAACUAUUUCAAAUAAUUGAAACAUUUAACAGUGAUACCAUUGAAUAAUAUACAUCCUUCAGUUGAAUGAUAUAAUAUUGUUUCAGUAAAAGAAAUCUACAAAAUAAACAACUAAAACCUUUGUAUUCAGAACAAUGUCUAAAGGAGGUCAACCGAAAUUCAUAGACAAACCAAAGAUUAAACAAUCUGGUAAAAAUGUUAUCUUUGAAGUUGUGGCUGAAGCAGAUCCAGCUCCAGAAAUACGCUGGACAAAAGCUGGCACAGAGAUUAAAAAUUCACCACGUUAUAAAACAAAUUGUCAAACAGUUGGAAAACAGCACACACUGACACUGGAAAUAAAUCAUGUAACCGCUGAUGACGGUGGAGAAUACCUAGUGACAGCUAAAAAUAAGCUGGGUGAUUCAACAGCAACAAUUAAUUUAAACAUUGGUACACCAAAACCUGCAACAACAAAACCACCUAAAUUUCUUGAAAAACCAGUUAUUCGUAUGGAUAAGCCAAAGAAUGAAGUUAUUUUAUCGUGUAAAUUAGAAGCGAAACCAGCUGCUACGCUUACCUGGUAUCUGAAUGAUAAAGAAAUACAAGAAAUUCCUGGAAAACGUACAUGGGAAGUAUCUGAACAACCAGAUGAUGUAUAUAUUCUUGAAAUACAUAUAAUUUCACCAAAACCAGAAGAUGGUGGCAUGUAUAAAAUUCAUGCACAAAAUUCAGCCGGAGAGAGUAAUGCAAAUAUUAAUCUAAAUUUACAGGCUAACCAGAAGUCAGCAGCUAAAGCUCCAGUAUUUGAAAAACCGAAGAUUUAUCAAGAUAACAGAGGACGUGAUGUAGUCUUGGAAUGCCGUUGUAACGCAGAUCCUGCUCCUACAUUCACUUGGUCUCAAGGUACUAGAGAAUUAAAAGCAAAAAUUGGCAAAUUUGAAAUGCAAGACAGUAAAGAUGGUGCCAUAUUCGUUAAUAAACUUAAAAUUAUUAGUUUUAUGAAUGCUGAUGCUGGAACCUACAAAUUAACUGCUAAGAAUACUGCAGGUGAAGCAGUAGCAGUCAUGGAGAUAAAAAUGCCAAAAAUUGUUGGGAUGCCGAAUGUACGAUUUGAGGAUAACAAUCAACGGGCUGUCUUGGAAGUUCGUGUUGACUCUGGAAAUCCUCCGGAGGCGAAAUGGUCACACUCUGGAAAAGCUAUCAAUAUUGAAGGACGUUACAGUUCAGAAUCUACUUUAGAAGGCAAAAAUCAUGUGGUGUAUUUAACAAUUAAUGAUCUAACCGAAAAAGAUUCUGGUUUAUAUGAAUGUGAAAUAUUCAAUGGUGUCGGUAAGGUACAACAGUCAAUUACACUGAAAGUACCUGCCAAAGAUCCAAAAGCCAAGCUUCCACAAUUAGUUGGAUCACUGAAUAGUCAAACAGCUGAAAUUGGACGAACAUUUAUAAUGACAGUUGACUAUGCAGUUGGUUCUGUUACUCCACAAGCUAAAGUACUUAAAAAUGGGACUGAUAUAUCAUUGGAUAAACGAUGUACUGUUCGAGUCGAUGCUACAAAACAUUCUAUUGUAAUCACAUUGAAAAAUGUACAAAGUGAUGAUAAGGGUACUUAUACACUUCAGCUGUUAGCCAACGGGAAUGUAUGUGACAAAGGGAACUUUGAUUUAUCCGUGAUUCAAGAAAAUGAUGAAGCAGGUGAAGAGAUCGAUGAAGUUGGUGAAUUACAUGUACCCUCAAACAAAGGCAGUCGACGUUCAUCUGCAGUUAAGAAAGAAGAAGACUUUCUGAACCGUCGAGCAUCACAAGAGAAACCUGGUCUCUUAGAUCCAAAAGCUCUGGAACAGUCACUUCAAGCCAGGCGUGAUUCUAUGACUAAUCGAAGAACUUCACUGGCUGACGCUAUCCCUGGAUUUGCUGGACUAAAACAUCGAGAAACACCAAAAGUUGAGAAAGAAUACUUUACUGAAGAAUUACAAGAUAUAAAAAUCAAAGAGGGCAGCUUAAAAGCCCUGUUGAAGUGUACAUUCUGUAAGCAAACAUCGAAAUUUCGUUGGUAUAAAAAUAAACUGGAAAUAUUUCAAGGACCAAAAUACAACUUUUUACAAGAAGGAAAUGAAUUCGCUCUAGAAAUUAAAAAGAUUGCUAUGGAAGAUGUUGGCAAGUAUACUUGUAAAUGUAAUGAAGUAUCAACAACUUGUACAAUAUUAGUUGAGGAGAAAAAGCAUACAUAUCACUUUAAUCAAAAGUUACCGAAAACAGCUGAAGUUGUUCGUGGUAAAGAUUUAACCGUGGAAUGUUCAGUUUCUGAUCCAAGAGCAGUUGUUGCUUGGUAUCAUAAAGGUGAAAAAGUUGAAUAUGUUGCGGGUAAAAUUGAAAUUAAACGUCGUGAAAAUCGAUGUAUCCUUCGAAUAGUUCGUGCUAGACCUGAACAAGAAGGUGAAUACUGUUGUAUUGUAGAAGGUGAUGAAACAUAUAUGGAUAUUGCAGUUGAAGAUCCUGAUUGGUUUUUCACAAGAGAACUUAAAGCUCAUCAAGCAUUAGAAAAUGAUGAAGUGGUGACAUUUGAAUGUGAAGUAUCUGAUCGAGAUGCUGAAGUGGCUUGGUUUAAAAAUGGAGAGCCAAUCACUGCAAAUGAUAAAUAUGAAAUAAUAUCUGAAAAAAGAGUGAAACGCAUUCUGAAAAUUAAAAAAAUCACAAUGGAUGAUGAUGCAGAAUAUACAUGUAAAGUUGCCAAGAAAACAACAACUGCUAGAUGUGCAGUAAAACCGGAUGUUGAAUUCAGACAAAACCUUAUCGAUACUAAAGGAAUAGAAACUAAACACAAAGAAUUAGAAUGUCGUGCAUUCAAUCCUAAAAAGUAUCCAGUUCAAUGGUAUAAAGAUGGACAACCAAUUGUAUUAAAUGAUCGUAUUUCAACUUCAGAAGUUGAAGGUUCUUUGUAUCUUAUAUUUCAAUAUCUGGAAAUGGAAGAUACAGGAUAUUAUAGUUGUAAAAUUGGUAAUCAUGAAACUAAAGGACAUUUAGAGGUACAAGAAUGCGAAAAACCGCCUUCAGUUGAUCUUUCAAACUAUAAGAAUCAAGCCACAUUGAAGAGAGGAGCCAACUUCAUGACUGCAAUUCCAUUCAAAGGUUUCCCUGUCCCACAAGUAGCUUUAAUGUGUAAUGGUGAACCUGUCAGAGAAAACAUCAAAUUGAAACCAGUCGUCAAAGGCAAUAUAAUUGAAUUACAGCUAGAGGAUGCUGCUAGAGCUGAUACUGGCAAAUAUGAGUUGAAACUGAAAAAUGAACUUGGUGAAGUAUCAGUACCAUUAGAGCUUAAUGUUCUUGAUCGUCCUGGCAAACCUCGUGGACCAUUGGAGUUGACAAGUUUAUCAGCUAAAAAAUGUGUACUUGAAUGGGGUGAACCAGAAGAUGAUGGUGGUUCACCGAUUAAACAUUAUGUUGUUGAAAAAAUGGAUGUAGCUGAUGGUAAAUGGAAACUGGUGAAAAAUGCUAAAACACCAAAAUGUGAUGUCGAGUUAGAAGAAGGUCAUAAGUAUAAAUUCCGUGUACGUGCUGUAAACAAUGAAGGUGAAAGUGAUGAUUUAGAAGUUGAAAAAGAAAUACUGGCCAGAGAUAUUUGUGAUCCACCAGAUUCACCGACAGGACUAGAGAUAGAAGAUUGGGAUCGUGAUCAUGCAGAUUUGAAAUGGCUACCACCAAGACGUGACAAUGGAGCACCGAUUACAAAGUACAUUGUUGAAGGCAAGACAAAAUCUAAAAAUAAAUGGGAAACAAUUAAAGAAGUCACAGAUCCAAAAGCAAAAGUUGACUUGAAAGAAGGCGAAGAAUACGAAUUUCGUGUGAUUGCAGUUAAUAAGGCUGGAAAAUCUGAACCGAGUGAAGUUAGCAAAGCACUUGUCGCCAAACCACGUCUGUUGAAACCAUUUAUUAUAAAGACUGGUAUCAAACCAAUAAAAGUUAAAGUUGGUGAAGUUGUUACAUUAAAACUUGAUUAUCGUGGGGAACCAGAUCCUGUUGCUGUCUGGUCAAAAGAAACAACUCCUCUUGAAUCGACACCAGAAAUUGAAUUAGUAUUUGAAUCACGAACAGCUCAUUUAAAAAUUAAAUCAGCUCAACGUAAAGAUACUGCAUUGUAUACACUGAAAGUUAGUAAUGAAGUUGGAGAAGAUCAAGCAAGUAUUGAAGUUGUUGCGCUGGGAAAACCAUCUCGUCCAGUUGGUCCACUAGAAGUUACAGAUGUUACCAAAAAUUCUGCUACACUAAGUUGGAAGAAACCAGAAGACGAUGGUGGAACUCCUAUCACACAUUACAAAGUGGAGAAGAUGAAUGUUAAUAAAGGUCGUUGGGAACCUGUUGCUGAAACAACUAAGGGAUUAUCAGUGACUGCUAACAAACUAGAAGAAGGUCAACCAUAUAAAUUCAGAGUAAUUGCUGUUUCAAGUCAAGGGGAUAGUGAACCACUUGAAAGUGAAGCAGAAACAGUUGCUAAAAAUCCAUUCGAGAAACCUGGUCCGCCUGAUAAACCAGAGAUUGCUGAUUAUGAUCGUACUCACAUAGAUAUAAAAUGGGAACCACCAGAGGAUGAUGGUGGUGCACCCAUUAAAGGAUAUCAUGUUGAACGCAGAGAACCAAGAUCUCAACGUUGGUUAAGGCUAACACGUGUCCCACAAGCUGAACUUACCUAUUCAGAUUCUGGAGUUCGUGAAGGUAAAGAAUAUGAAUAUCGUGUGAUUGCAGUCAAUGAAGGUGGCUUAGGAGAACCAAGUCCUCCAAGUGACUUGCAGACUGCCAAAGCAAGUCGAGAACCGCCUAAAUUGAAACUCACAGAAUUACCAUUAGGUUUAAAACAAGAAAUACGAUUACGAGCCGGUGAACCAUUACAUAUGCCUAUUCCAAUCACUGGUGCUCCAACGCCUACAAUAACAUGGUCUAAAGAUAAUAAACCAUUACCAGCGCAUUGUCAACUACAAAAUUCUGAAGAAAAAACAUGCUUAGAUGUGCCGAAAUCUGUACGUGGUGAUUCAGGUUUAUAUAAGAUCCAAUUAACAAAUGAUUAUGGUCAAGAUGAAGCAGUUGUAAAAGUUAUUGUAAUGGAUAAACCAUCUGCACCAAAAGAUGUAGAAGCAGUCGAUGUAUUUGCUGAAUCGUGUAAAGUAAUCUGGAAAUCACCAGAAGACGAUGGUGGAACACCAAUAACAGAUUAUCUUGUUGAACGAUGUGAUGAAUUGGGGAUUUGGGAAAAGGUUCCUGGACUAGUUUCAGACAAUUCUAUAAAUGUGAAAAAUUUAACUAAAGGAAAGCAAUAUCGUUUUCGUGUAUUUGCUGUAAACGCUAUUGGCAAUAGUGAACCAGGUGAAACGAAAACAGCAAUACUUGCGAAAAAUCCUUAUGAUCCUCCUGGUGCACCAGAAAACUUGAAUAUUGAUGAAUUUGAUAAACGUUCAGUGAAACUGUCCUGGAAACCGCCAGCAGAUGAUGGUGGCAAUCCAAUAAAAGGUUACCUGAUUGAAAAAAGAACAGCCAGAGGAGAAUGGCGUAAAGCAACUGCAUCACUUGUUCCGGGUACUGAGGCAACAGUUACUGGUGUGGAAGAAGGUCAAACGUAUGAGUUUCGCGUUAGCGCUGUUAACGAUGCUGGACCUGGUAAACCAUCUAAAGCAACUCAACCACAUUUGGUUAAAGAUCCAACAUAUCCACCCGGUCCACCUGAAGGAUUAAAUGUGGACAAAACUAACAAAAAUGGUGUUAAACUAUCCUGGAACAAACCUCGACGUGAUGGCGGUCUACCAGUUACUGGUUACGUUGUAGAGAAAAAAGGUGAUGGUGAUGAAUGGAUACCUGUUCAGAAUACAACUAAUCCAUGUGCUUUUAUUCCAAUGAAAGAAGGUGAAACAGCUCAAUUUAGAGUUCGUGCAGUCAAUGAAGAGGGACCAGGAGAACCAACUAAACCGACAGCUGUAAUCACUGCUGUAGAUCCACCAGAAGCACCACGACUGUGUACACCUGAUGAAUGUGCUGGAGGUCCCGGUUCAGGAGUAGGUGGACUGAAAGAUAUCACGCUUAAAGCUGGUCAAGAAUUGUUAUUAGCUGCUGCUUGGUUUGGAAAUCCAAAGCCAACUGCAACAUGGAUACAGAAUGAAAAAGUUGUCAAACCGGAUGGUAAACAUAUUCAAGUCUCUGACGAACCACCUCCACCACCUGCUAACCCUGGACCUGGUGGGGCAUUAGAACAACCAGCUGGUGGAACAGCUGUUCUUCGAAUUCCAAAAGCGCGUCGCAGUGAUGGUGGUAACUACGAGUUGACAUUGACGAAUGACCUUGGACAAGUCAAAACAUCAUGUCAUGUUGAAGUAUUAGAUGUCCCUGGACCACCAGAAGGACCAUUAGAAGCUACUGAUGUUAAUGCAGAUGAGAUUUCACUCAAAUGGAAACCACCACUAGAUGACGGAGGACAACCUAUCACAAAUUAUAUUCUUGAAAAACGACAAAAAGGAAGUGAAGGUUGGCAGAAAGUUAGUGCUUUCUUAAAUUCUCCGAAUGCAACAGUUCGAAACUUAGAACUUGGACAAGAAUAUGAAUUCAGAGUAAUGGCUGAAAAUGCAAUGGGUGUUAGUGAACCACUAUUGACAAGUAAACCAAUUAAAGCAAAACAUCCAUAUGAUCCACCUUCGGGUAUGAAGAAACCUGUAGUUGAAACUACAACAGAUGAUUCAGUAACCUUGUCUUGGGAACCACCAAUGAAAGGUCCAACUACUGGUUAUGUUGUAGAAAAGCGACCUAAAGGUUCCAGAGAAUGGACAAAAGCAAAUACAGGCAAUGUCACGGGUACUGAAUACACUGUAAAAGGUUUACCAAAAGGUAAAGAAUUUGAAUUUCGUAUUGUACCCUACAAUUUGGCUGGUCUUGGUGAACCAAGUGAACCGACAGAUGUAGUUAAAGUUCAAUUCCCAACAACUCCACCCAAGAUAGGACGAGAUGCACCUCGUGAAGUAACUGCACGGCUUGGAGAACCCUUUAAAAUUCAUAUACCUUAUACUGGAAGUCCGCCAGAUAAAGUGGAAGUAACUAAGAAUGGAAUUCCAGUCCCACUAGAAGGUGGUCGUUUCAAAGUGGAAAUCACACCAGAUGAAGUUAUCAUCACAGAUACAGAAGCAGAAAAAGGAGAUGCAGGCAACUAUAAAAUUGAUCUUGAAAAUGAGAAAGGUCGUGAUUCAGUACCAGUUACAGUAAAAGUUGUUGGACCGCCUGAACCACCACAAGGACCAUUAGAAAUUAGUCAUAUUAAGAGUAGUUCAUGUUCCUUGAGUUGGAAUCCACCAACAGAUAAUGGUGGUAGUCCUAUUACAAAUUAUGUUGUUGAAAGACAAAAUACUAAAACAGGUGAUUGGAUUACAGUUAAUUCAUUUGUUCGAUCACCAAAUUGUGAUGUAACUGGUUUGGAUGAAGGGAAUAUGUAUCGAUUUCGUGUACGUGCAGCAAAUGAAUUCGGUGUUAGUGAACCGUUAGAUGCAGAUAAAGCUAUUGUUGCAGAAAAUCCUGCAACUGCACCUGGAGCUCCUGGAAAUCUUACACCAACCGAUAUAGACGCUGACAAGGUAACCUUAGAAUGGACCAAACCCAAAUCAGAUGGAGGACGUCGUAUCAUGGGUUAUCUGGUUGAAUAUAAACCUGUCAAUUCAGAUGAAUGGCGAACAGCACCAGAAGGCUUGGUCAAGGGGAAUUCCACAACAGUGGAUGGUCUUAGAAAAGGAGAGAAAUACGUAUUUCGUGUUAGUGCCAAAAAUGAAGUUGGACUUAGUGAACCGUGUACAGCCAAUAGACCAGUGGAAUGUAAACCUAAAUUUACCACCGCCGAUAGUCCUGGUACACCUACUGUUGAAGAUGUUGGAAAGAAUUUUGUAGAUUUAGCAUGGUCAAAGCCAAUAAAAGAUGGUGGUGCUCGUAUUACUGGCUAUCUAGUAGAAAAGCGUAAAAAGUUUGCUACAGAUUGGGAACCGGCUACAGCAGACGGGAAACCAGUGACAAAUAAUCAAGCUCAUAUUGAUGGUUUGGAUGAAAAUGCUGAAUAUGAAUUCCGUGUAAGUGCUGUAAAUGCUGCAGGAGUUGGUGAACCAAGUCUACCGACAGAAUUAACUAAAAUCUGUCCUAAAAGAGACAAACCACAGCCCCCGUCAAAUGUUCAAGCUAAAGACGUGUAUGCUGAUAAUUGUGUAUUAACAUGGAGUCCACCAGAUUCAGAUGGAGGAUGUCCAAUUUUAGAUUAUAUUGUUGAAAAAUGUGAUGCAACUACUGAAAUAUGGGAACGUGUACCAACUGUAGUCACUGGUACAAGUUGUCCAAUAAAAGGCUUAACUGAAGGUAAACGAUACCGCUUUCGAGUAUCUGCUGUCAAUACAAUGGGACCUAGUGAACCAGCAGAAACGAAUACAGCAAUUACAGCUAAAAAUCCAUUUGAUGCACCUGAUUCACCAGAAGAUGUCAGAAUUGAGAAAUUCGACAGUCAUGGUGUUACUUUGGCAUGGAAACCACCGGAAAAUGAUGGCGGAAAUCCAAUUCAGGGUUACUUAGUUGAAAAACGUACACCCAAUGGAGAAUGGAAACCAGCAACUGCUGGUUUAGUUCAUGGCAAAGAAGCCAAUUUAACAGGUUUAGAAAAAGGACAAACUUAUGAGUUUCGUGUUAGUGCUGUGAAUGAUGCUGGCCCAGGACGUCCAUCGAAAGUAACACCACCUCAAGUAAUCAAGGAUCCUACAUAUCCACCAAGUCCACCAGAAACACUUAAUGUUGAUAAAAUCAAUAAAAAUGGUGUAAAAUUAUCAUGGCAAAAACCACGAAAAGAUGGUGGAAGCAAAAUCACCGGAUAUCAAGUAGAAAAGAAAGAUGAGAAUGGUGAAUGGGUCCCGGUGAAACAAACUACUGAACCAUGUGCAUUUAUUCCAAUGAAAGAAGGAGAGACUGCACAAUUUCGUGUACGUGCAGUGAAUGAAGAGGGACCAGGUGAACCAACUCGUCCUACUGCUCCUUUAACAGCUGCUGAUCAACCUGAAGCCCCAAGAAUAUGUACUCCUGAAGAUUGUGUUGGUGGUUUAGGCAGUGGAGUUGGUGGUCUCAAAGAUGUUAAGUUAAAGGCUGGUCAAGAGCUGAAACUGCCUGUUGCAUGGUUUGGUCAUCCUAAACCAACAUUUGUUUGGAGUUUAAAUGAUAAACCAAUCAGUAUUGAUGGUAAAAGAAUUACUGAAUCAAAUCAACCUUUACCACCACCUGCAAAUCCUGGGCCUGGUGGACCUCUUGAAAUGUCACCUGGAGGUACAGUAGUAUUAUCUGUUGGAAAAGUUCGUCGUUCUGAUACAGGACGUUAUCAACUGACCCUGUCCAAUGAUCAAGGUCAGACAAGUACAUCUUGUCAAGUUGAAGUUAUUGAUGUACCAAGUCCACCAGGUGGACCACUUGAAGCAACAGAUGUUAAAGCAGAUGAAAUAACACUACGGUGGAAAGCUCCAGAAGAUGAUGGCGGCGAACCAAUUACUAAUUACGUUCUACAAAAGAGACGCAAAGGUUCAGAUGACUGGGAAAAAGUAAGCGGUUUCUUGAAUUCACCUACCGCAACAGUUAGAAAUCUUGAAGAAGGCACAGAAUACGAAUUCCGUGUAAUGGCCGAGAAUGCAAUGGGUCAGAGUGAACCUUUGACAACCACUCAACCAAUUAAAGCUAAACAUCCUUUCGAUCCUCCAUCGGGUAUGCAGAAACCAACUGUCGAGGAUACAACAGAUGAUUCAGUUACUUUAGCCUGGGAACCUCCACGAAAAGGUCCUGUUACAGGAUAUAUUGUAGAGAAAAGGGCGAAGGGAGAUAAAAAUUGGUCUAAGGCCAAUGCAGCACCUAUAUCUAGUACAGGUUAUACUGUAAAGAAUUUACCGAAAGGCAAAGAAUUUGAAUUCCGUGUUAUCCCAGUAAAUGCUGCUGGACAAGGUGAACCAAGUGAACCGACUAAAUUUGUUAAAGUUCAAAAACCAUUCACUAUACCAAAGAUAACUAUCGAUGCACCAAAGGAAAUUAGUGCUCGUCUGGGUGAACCAUUUAAAAUUCGAAUUCCAUUUACUGGUGGACCACCAGAAGAAGUUGAAGUAACUAAGGAUGGAAAACCUGUUCCAUUGGAUGUAAGCCGUUUCAAACUUGAAAUAACGCCUACUGAAGUUAUUAUCACGGAUACAAAAGCUGAAAAAGAUGAUGCUGGACAGUAUAAGAUUGCUUUGAAAAAUGAAAAAGGCGAAGCGUCACAUCCACUUCAAGUGAAAAUUUUAAGUCCACCAGAUGCUCCUGAAGGUCCACUAGAAGUUAGUGAUAUCAAGGGUGAAUCGUGUAAAUUAACUUGGAAUCCACCAAAGAACAAUGGAGGUUGUCCUGUAACAAAUUAUAUCGUGGAGAAGUUAGAACCAAGAACAGGUGAAUGGGUACCUGUUAGCAAAUUUGUUCGAUCACCGGAGUAUGAAGUUACUGGCUUGGAACCUGGUAAUAACUAUAGAUUUCGUGUACGAGCUGAGAAUGAACUUGGAGCUAGUGAACCAUUGGAAACAGAACGCUCGAUACUGGCAGAAGAUCCAUGCACUGUACCUGAUGCACCAAACAAUCUGACAGCAGUCGAUGUAGAUGCUAAUAAAGUGACACUGGAAUGGACUAAACCACGUAAUGAUGGUGGAAAACGUAUCAGUGGUUAUGUGAUUGAAUACAAACCUCUCAAUUCUACAGAAUGGGAACAUGCUACAACUGUGAAAGAAACAACUGGUACUGUGGAAGGUUUGAAGAAAGGAGAGAAAUACAUGUUUCGUGUUUCAGCUAAAAAUGAAGUGGGCGUUAGUCAACCAUGUUCAACUAAUCGGGCAGUUGAAUGUAAACCAAAACAUACUACAGCUGAUAGUCCUGGUCGGCCAAAUGUAGAUGAUGUUGGAAAGAAUUCAAUUGAUUUAUCUUGGUCUCGACCACUUAAAGACGGUGGAGCUAGAAUAACAGGAUAUGUUGUUGAAAAACGCAAGAAAAAUUCACCAGAUUGGGAACCUGCAAUCCCAGGAAAUACACCUGUCACUGGUACACAAGCCCACAUCGAUGGUUUGGAUGAAAAUGGUGAAUAUGAAUUCCGAGUUAGACCAGUCAAUGCAGCUGGUGUUGGUGAAGCAAGUGAACCAACUUCAAUGACUAGAAUUGGACCAAAGAGAGAUAAACCCAGCUCCCCUGAAGAUGUUGAAGUUACUGAUCUUACAGCUGAAAGUUGUAAACUAGUCUGGAAACCUCCUACUAAAGACGGUGGAGCACCAAUUACUGAUUACAUCGUUGAGAAAUGCGAUGCAACAACAGGAAUAUGGGAGAAAGUUCCAGCUAUAAUUGUUGGGACAUCAUGUCCUAUAAAAGGCUUAACUGAAGGAAAACGUUAUCGAUUUCGAGUAUCAGCUGUUAAUCCACUGGGACAGAGUGAACCUGCUGAAGUAUUAAAUGCUGUAACAGCUAAAAAUCCUUUCGAUGCACCAGAUUCACCGGAUAAUUUGAAUAUGGAUUCAUUUGAUAAACACUCUGUGGAUCUUUCAUGGACUCCACCAAAACACGAUGGUGGUAAUCCUAUCAAGGGUUAUCUAGUUGAAAAGCGUACGCCUAAAGGUGAAUGGAAGCCAGCCACCAUUGGAUUAGUCACUGGUCCAUCAGCUCACUUAACAGGUCUUGAACCGGGUGAAACCUACGAAUUCCGUGUAAGUGCUGUGAAUGAUGCUGGUCCAGGCCGCCCAUCUAGAGCAACAGCACCUCAUGUUAUGAAGGAUCCUAGCUAUCCUGCUGCUGCUCCUGAGUCUUUGAAUGUUGAUAAAAUCAAUAAAAAUGGUGUAAAAUUAUCAUGGCAAAAACCACGAAAAGAUGGUGGAAGUAAAAUCACCGGAUAUCAAGUGGAGAAGAAAGAUGAAAAUGGUGAAUGGGUCCCGGUGAAACAAACUACUGAACCAUGUGCAUUUAUUCCAAUGAAAGAAGGAGAGACUGCACAAUUUCGUGUACGUGCAGUGAAUGAAGAGGGACCAGGUGAACCGACUCGUCCUACUGCUCCUUUAACAGCUGCUGAUCAACCUGAAGCCCCGAGAAUAUGUACUCCUGAAGAUUGUGUUGGUGGUUUAGGCAGUGGAGUUGGAGGUCUGAAAGACGUUUCUCUGAAAGCUGGACAAGAAUUGAGAUUACCAGUGGCGUGGUUUGGUCAUCCAAAGCCCACAUUUACUUGGACAUUGAAUGGUGAGCCAGUUAAAGUUGAUGGAGUUCGUGUCAUACAAAAAGAACAACCUUUACCACCUCCUGCUCAUCCUGGACCUGGAGGACAGUUAGAGCUUUCACCUGGUGGUGUUACUGUCCUAGUUGUACCCAACGUCAAACGAAGUGAUCAUGGUAGAUACCAGUUAACAGUUACAAAUGAUUUGGGUCAAGCGAGUACUUCAUGUAACGUAGAUGUAUUGGAUGCUCCUUCUGCACCUGGUGGACCUCUUGAAGCAAGUGAUGUUAGUGCUAAUGAGAUCACUUUGAACUGGAAAGCGCCAUCAGACGAUGGUGGACAACCAAUUACUAAUUACAUACUUGAGAAGCGUCCCAAAGGUUCAGACACUUGGCAGAAAGUUAGUGGAUUCUUAAAGUCACCCAACGCAACUGUCAGAAAUCUUGAUGAAGGUACAGAGUAUGAAUUCAGAGUUAUGGCUGAAAAUCCGCUUGGAAUUAGUGAACCAUUAGUUACAACUCAGCCUAUUAAAGCCAGACAUCCAUUCGAUCCACCUUCUGGAAUGUCUCAACCAACCAUUGAAAAUGUUACUGAUGAUUCAGUAACACUAUCCUGGGAUCCUCCUAGAAAGGGUCCAGUUACUGGUUAUACAAUAGAAAAGCGUGGAAAAGGAGAUCGUAAUUGGACAAAGGUCAAUGUUCAUCCACUGUCAGGUACAGAGCAUACAAUUAGAGGUUUACCUGAGGGGAAAGAAUUCGAAUUUCGUGUUGUCCCAUUCAAUGCUGCCGGUGCAGGUGAACCUAGUGAACCAACAUCUCUUGUGAAAAUUCAGAAACCUAAAGCUGCUCCUAAAAUUGGCCCUGAUGCACCAAGACAAGUUAACGUUACUAAGGGGGAACCAUUCAAAAUUCGCAUCCCAUAUACUGGAAGUCCACCAGAUGUUGUCGAAGCUACAAAAGAUGGUGUACCAGUCAUUUUAGAUGAUGGUCGAUUUGUCUUAACUAUUACACCGGAUGAAGUUAUCAUUGUUGGCAAGAAAGGUGAUAAACCAGAUGAAGGAUCAUAUAAAAUAACACUGAAAAAUGAUAAAGGUCAAGAUACUUUACCUAUCAGGAUCAAUGUUCUUGGACCACCUGAUACUCCACAGGGACCACUUGAAGUAACAAAUAUCAAGGCUGAUUCAUGCACACUUGGAUGGAGACCACCAAAGGAAACUGGUGGAUGUCCAGUAACACAUUAUGUCGUAGAGAAACAAGAUCAAAGUACUGGAGAAUGGACACCAGUUAGCAAAUUUGUACGAGGUACAGAUUACGAUGUUCUCGGGUUGGAUGAAGGCAAGAAGCAUAAAUUCCGUGUUCGAGCUGCAAAUGAAUAUGGCCUGAGUGAACCACUUGAAUUAGAUCAUACUAUUACAACAGAAAAUCCAUCAACUGCACCUGCAGCACCAAACGGUGUUGAAGUGGCUGAUGUUGAUGCGAAUUCAGUUACAUUGGAAUGGUCAAAACCGAAAUCUGAUGGUGGUAGCAGAAUAAAUGGUUAUGUAAUCGAGUACAGACCUGUUAAUGGUGGAGGCUGGGAGAAAGCACCAACAGGACCUAUCAAAGGAAACAGUGCAACAGUUACUGGUCUUUCACCUGGAGAAAAGUACGUGUUUCGUGUUCUGGCUAAAAAUGAUGUUGGCACUAGUGAACCCAGUUCAUCAACACGCCCAGUCGAGUGUAAACCGAAACAUGUACCAGCAGGUAGUCCAGGUGAGCCUAAUGUUGAUGGAGUUGGUAGAAACUGGAUCGAUUUAUCAUGGUCUCGACCAAACAAUGAUGGUGGUGCUCGAAUUACUGGUUACAUUGUUGAGAAGCGUAAAAAAGACUCUCCUGAUUGGGAACCAGCAACAUCGGAUGGAAAACCUGUCUCCAGUAAUUAUGUUCAUCUUGAUAAUCUUGGUGAAGGGGAUAUGUACCAGUUCCGUGUAAGGGCUGUUACUGCUGCUGGUCCAGGUGAAGCCAGUAAUCCAACACCUAUGAUCAGAAUUGAAGACAGAAAACCUACUGCAACACCUGACUUCGUUUCUAAAAUUCGUCCUACAACUGCACCAAUUGGAGGUACAGCAGCAUUUGAAGUACAGGUUGAUGGUCAACCGUUACCUUCUGUACGCUGGUUUAGAGAUGGCAUAGAACUUCUACCCGGUAAUCGUAUUAAAAUCAAACCACCGGGUCCAGAUGGAAAAGCCAGUCUAGAAAUACAAGAUCUUGAUGAAAGAGACAGUGGAACAAUUACAUGCCAAGUAUCUAAUCCUUCUGGUAAAAAUUCAUGCUCAGCACCAUUUGAAGUAUUGGCAAUACCUAAAGUACUUGGUAAUAUUGAUGAUAAAAUCGCUUCAGAAGGUGAUCUUGUUAAAUUCAAAGUUCCUUAUUCUGGCCGAGGUUCAAUAACACUGAAAUUGAAAUGUAAUGGUCGUGAAGUACCAGAAUCUGAUCGAGUUAAAUUAAUGGAUCUAGAUGGAACAGCUUCUAUACAAUUCAAAGAUAUAACCAGGAAUAUGGGUGGGAAUUAUACCCUAGAAAUCGGAAAUGAGAGUGGUUUUACUUCAGUACCAUUCAAUAUCAAAGUAACAUCUCCUCCAGGAGAAUGCCAAGGUCCAAUUGUUGUCUCUGACACUUCACCAUUCAGUACUCGAUUAACAUGGAAACCUCCUAAAGAUGAUGGAGGAUCUAAAAUCACUCAUUAUAUUAUUGAACGUCAAGAAGUUGGAAAAGAUCGUUGGAUACCAGUGUCUUCUGGUUGCAAAGAACCAACCUGUGAAGUACAAGGUCUUCAAGAAAAUGGACGUUAUUUGUUCCGUGUUGCUGCUGUAAAUGACUGCGGUCAAAGCGAUUGGUUACAAGUGCCUAAUGAAGUGAUUGCCAAAUAUCCAUUCGAUAAACCUGGAAAACCAGGUCAAUUAACUGCCAAUGAAGUUGGAGGUGAUUUUGUUAAUCUAUCAUGGACAAGACCUGCUUCAGAUGGUGGUGGUCGUAUCCGUGGGUAUAUUGUUGAAAAACGCGAAGUCGGUGCAACAAACUGGUCACGAUGCACUCCUAAUCCUGUACUUACACUCAGCCAUAAUAUACCUAAUUUAAUUGAAGACAAAACUUAUGAAUUCCGUGUUAUGGCUGUAAAUGAUGCAGGUGAAAGCGAACCAGCCAUGAUAGAUCAACCUGUAUGUGUUAAAGAUCCUAAAGCUGUUUCUCGGCCAACUUUCCUCAGUGGUCUUAAACCCCAACUGGUCAAUGAAGGUCGGGAUGCUGUGUUCGAAGUUGAAGUUGACUGUCCUUCAAAUUAUGAUAUUAUAUGGUCCAAAGGUCCUCGUGAUCUUGUUGAAUCUCAUCGUAUAGAAAUGACUAAAGAAGGACGUAAACACUUCUUAACAAUUCGUAAUUGUGGUCUCGAAGAUUCUGAGGAGUACAGUGUCAAGGUUUCAAACCGUGGAGGCUCUAAAGUCAGCAGAGCUCCACUGUCUGUCAAAUCGAAACCACAGAUACAUUUACCAAGUCGUUGGCAAGAGCCUACUGAAUGGGAACGUGGUGAUUCAAUUUCCAUCAAAGUACCAUUUACAGGAUUCCCUAAACCAAAAGCAAAAUGGACACUCAAUGGAAAGGAUAUUAAAGAAGGAAAGAAUGUUAGUACAGUACUAAAAGAUCGUUAUGCUAUAAUCAAUUUGGAGAAUGUUGGUGAAGAAUUCUCUGGAAAAUUGAAUAUAACACUAGAGAAUGAAAUGGGAUCUGAUUCAGCGACUAUUGAAUUACGCGUAAAUGACAGGCCACCACCUCCAAUUAAUUUGAAAGUUGAAGGAGUAUCCGAUGGAUCCGCCCUUUUAUCUUGGAGUAUGCCAUCAGAAACUGGUUAUAUUUCUCAAUAUAUCAUUGAAAGAUGUGAAAUGCCUGGUGAUACAUGGAUCAGAGCAGGUACCAACCGUUUCUCGACAUACAACUGUGAAGGUUUAGUAAACGGAAAAGAAUAUCGUUUCCGUGUAAUGGCAGAGAAUUUACACGGUCGUAGUGAUCCAUGUCAACCUACUGGAAGUCAUCUGAUUGCUCCAGAUACUCGUCAACGUGGUGCCCGUCGUGAACGUGGAGAAGAUCGUGGAGAUUACACUGGACCACCAAUUGAUAAUUAUGACAGAUUUUAUCGAAACAUAUGGGAUAAACAAACACCUCUACCAACUCAAGUGCAUAAAGGUGAAAGUGUAUAUGAUUAUUACGACAUCAUGGAAGAACUUGGAGUUGGAACAUUUGGUGCUGUUCACCGAUGUCAAGAAAAGACAAGUGGUAAUUCUUACGCUUGUAAAUUUGUAAACACUGAUACACCACAAGAUAAACAAGUAGUUCUGAAUGAAAUUGAUGUCAUGAAAGAGUUGCAUCAUCCAAGGUUAAUCAAUCUACGAGAAGCAUUUGAUGAUAAAAAUGAUGUGGCACUCAUUCUUGAAUUGCUUACUGGUGGUGAACUGUUUGAUCGGUUAGCAGAUGAAAGUUCAACAAUGUCUGAAGCUGAUGCUAUUAAUUAUAUUCGACAAGUUUGUGAAGGUAUACAACAUAUGCACGACAUGAAUAUUCUACACUUGGAUAUUAAGCCUGAAGAUCUGAUGUGUGAAACAUCAAAGUCAAAGAAUAUAAAAAUUGUCGACUUUAGCUUAUCCAAGAAAUUAGAUCCAAAAGUACCAGUCAAAGUAGAUCUUUCUCAUCCAGAAUUUGCUGCACCAGAAAUCACUCGCUCUGAACCUGUUGGCUUUUAUACAGAUAUGUGGGCAAUAGGAGUUUUAACUUAUAUGCUUUUGAGUGGUUUAUCACCUUUUGCUGGAAGUACUCCAGAAGAAACAAUCGAUAAAAUUGCAAGAGGCCAUUACACAUUCGAUCAUGAUGCAUUCGAUGGAAUCUCAGCCAAUGGUAAAGACUUUAUCAGUAAACUUUUGCAAAAGCAACCCAAUCAACGUAUGACAAUUUAUGAAGCUUUAAAACAUCCUUGGCUUAAUGAAGCAAUUACAGAUGAUCAGCGUCGACGUAUCCCAGCUUCACGGUAUAAAGAAUGUCAAAGACAAAUGCAUGAACGAAUGGGUGAUAUAUGGCAAAGGAGUCCAGCAAUUGGUCAUUUGGCAAAUUAUUCAUCUAUCCGUCAGAAUAGACGAGACAAGUAUCGUAUACAAGAAACUAACUUUGACCGUAAAGAAGCUGGCCCACGUUUCAUCAAAUGGCCUAGUAAUCAACUGGUUGUCGAAGGUCAAAAUGCUCAGUUCAACUGCCGGGUUGUGGCUCUUUCUGAACCAAUUGUCACAUGGCAUUUUGGUGAUACACAAUUAGCUCAAAGUGUAAAACAUAUGCAACGUUAUGCUGGUCAUGAUUACUCUUUGAAAAUCAAUCGUGUACGCGUUGAAGAUGGUGGACAUUAUACUGUACGCGCUGAAAAUAGUUUCGGUCGACGUGAUUUCCCUGUUUUGUUAACAGUUCAACCAGUUCAAGAAAUUAGAGUUGAACCAUUACCUCCGAAACCACGUAAGAAGAUUGAACCGCCUCCUGUUGAAAUGUUCCAUGAAGAAGAAACACCGCCACGUUUUGCUUUCCAUCUACGUAAUCGUUAUAUACAAGAAGGUGGAAGUGUUAAACUCACAUGUUCUGUUGAUGGUUUCCCUACACCAGAAAUUAAAUGGUUCAAGAAUGGCAAAGAAUUGAAAAAAGGAGAUGGUAAUUAUGAAAUUCAACACAUGCUUGGAAUCACUUCCCUGGAGAUAUAUUCCUGUUCAGAAAAUGACUCUGGACGAUAUUCUUGUAAAGCGACCAACAGCCGUGGAGAGGAUGAAACUGAUUGUAAAGUUAUUGUUGAAGCAAGUCGUGUCAGACGAUUUCUUAAUGCUCAACAUGGGGAUAGAAAAAUUCGUUCCAGCAGUCAACAACCAACUAGUUUUGAAUCACGAACAUAUAAUUCUUCUUCUUGGCGUGAUGAAAAUAAAACACUGACGCGUCUCACUGAACGUCAUACUUCAGAAGUACGUGAAAUUAGUGAUUCACGUGAAAAAUGGUCGAUUAAUGAAACUAGAGGGUUACGUGAUUUAAUGGAGCAUAGAACUUCAAAUGGUGAAAUACAACCUAUUCGAGUUGUUGCACCUAAACUGCUCAAAGAGUUGAAUCCUACAACAAAAGUCAAAUUGGGAGAUAGUUUCAAGCUUGAAACACGUUUUGAACCGAUGAAAUCUCCUACUAAAGUCCAAUGGAUUCAUAACAAUAAGGAAAUUAAUUCCAAUGAUUUUAUGAAGAUUACAACAUCUGAAGAUGGCGGAUAUAGUUAUCUAGAAGUGUUCCAGUCUCGUGAAGAAGAUGCAGGGGAUUAUGAGGCUAGAAUUGGAACAACUGUUACUCGUACAUGUGUAAAAACUGAAGCUCCGAUUAAUUCUCUAAAUGGGAUGAUAGAUGAAGUUGACGAUGAAGUAUCCAAUGACUAUUCUAAUCAAGUCAUUGAUAAUAAAGUAAUAAGUGGAAAUGGUGAUGUAAUGAAAUCUAAAGUUGUUGGAAUUCCACCAUCCUUUAGAAUUCAUCCGAUUAGUCAAACUGUUAAAGAUGGUGAUACAAUCUGUUUAGAAUGUACUGUAGCCGGAGAUCCAAUCCCUGAAGCUGAAUGGUAUUAUAAUGAUGGUCCAAUUCAAGCUGGGCAUAUAUUUUCUCAGGAUAAUGAAGUGAUUAAACUUGAAUUGCAAGCAUUAUUACCAGAAGAUACUGGAACAUAUGAAUGUCGGGCGACUAGUUCAUUGGGUAAAGCAUCUACUGCCGCCUAUCUGGUUGUUGAAGCUGCAGAAGAAGAGUCAAAAGGCCCCAAAUUUGUUACCUUCCCACAAUCACGGAAUGCUGAAGAGAAUGAAUCCGUCACUUUGAAAUGUUCGUUUGGCAGAUCACCCGUCAGUGAAGUAUCUUGGUUUCGUAACAAUACUCCGUUGGAUUCUCAACAUAUUGAUUUUGAUAUAUCUGCUCAAACAAGUGUAUGCAAACUUCAGUCAGUGAAAACAUCAAAAGAUUCAGGAAUUUACUCAGUUGAAAUUAAAGAUACUGAUGGUAACUCUUCAGUAUGUAAAUUUUAUCUACAAAUUUUACCCUCGAUCUUGGCAAAUGAAAAUAAUUCAGUUGAAGUUGUUUAAAUUUUAUACUGCAUUAUUUUGUACAGGAAAUUAGCUUAUCCUACAAACACAGAGAGAGAAUGAGAGAGAGAGAGAGAAAGUGAAACACCCUGUCACCACCACCACCACCACCGUCAUCUUUGAUACCAACACAUCAUUGUUAUUCUUGUUGCUGUUGUUCUUGUUCCUUAUGGAUCAACAGUUUUUAAUUAUAAAUAGAAGUGCACAUAUACCCAUAUAUACACACACACAACCACACUUUAAUCAAAAUGAUUCCCAAAUUGCUGAACUCUGUCUGCUUCAUGAAAUCAGAAACCUGCUCACUAAACCCUUUAAUUACCUAUAUUUAAUGUUGUUGUUGUGUUUGUCGACAUGACAAAAUUUCAACAAUUCUCCAGUAGAUAUAAAUUAUAAACAAUAAUUCUAAUGCUGCACAUAUAUGAUAAUUACAGAAAAUAGAACAUCAGAAUGGAACUAUGAAAUCAGAGGAAAGAAAAGACCAGUCUCAUAGGAUAAAUUAUAGAAACACAAGAAUAUGGAACUUCCAAGUCUCUGUGUGCCAGUGUGUGUGUGUGUGUUAGAGUGUGUAUGACCUAUACAAAAAGUUGUUAUCACUUUUCAUCUUUCCUCGCUUUUCUGUCUUUUGUUUCUUCUCUACAAUCAAGAUGCACUGUUGGAUUGCGUAAUCCAAUGAACACUUAUCAUUACUAUUUAUCACAAUUGAUGAUUUUAUUGAUGAAGACAACUGUUUCUUCACUUCAAGUAUUUUCAAGUAUAUUUCGGUGUUGUCGUUUUGCGUUUCUUGAUAAUAUAUUUCUUUCAGGCUUCGUAAUUUCUCAUGCUUGCUUUGCCUAAUUUAACAAAGUGCUAAAAUUUAUUACUACUUAUCAACAGUACAUAGACAUUUUUGUGUCCUAUCUCCCCCUUCGUCUUCUCCUCCUCUCUAUUGACUCUCAUUCCUAUGAAUGUAGACUACUCACUACUAAUUUCCUAACCUUUUUUUCCGACUUUUCCUAUGUUUUAAUCUAUUACUAAAUAAGUGAGUUGAGUAUAGUUGUUAUUGCUUUAUUACGAAAUAUAUAUAUAUACAUACAUAUAAAUCAAUCACUUCCUGAUGAGUUAUUCUUUUCAUUUUAUGCGAAAAUCAUUCGAAUAUGAUGAAGGUAGAUACUUUUUUUAAAGAGGUAUGCUUGUGUGAGUGUAUGUUUCCAGGAAAAACUACUCACACAUAAUGACUGUUUAUAUUAGUCCGUUUAUUUUGUUGAAGUUCCCCUCCUUUAUAUCUUCUUCUCUCUGUCUGUGUAUGUCUCUUGCCCAUAGUUUGUCGAUUUUAUGUUUAACUUUAUGACUGCUAUUAUCAUGAUUGCUAAAACUAUCCUUAUCAUUAUGAUUAUUAUGACUAAGCAAAAAAUAAUCGAAGAUAUGUGAAAUAUGUCGAAAUCGUCUCAUUGUCGUAACAGCAGGCUGUUAACGGUUUGGUUUUUUUUGUUGUUUUGGUUCGGCUGACUGAAAUCAUUCGUUAUCGUUGACAGCGGUGUUCUUGUCGUUAUUGUUGAGAUAGAAGAAGAAUUAGAACAAGAAGAGGAAACCUAGUUUAUUUGACUUACAAAACUGUUUUUACUCCGUUAUCCUUCCUGUGACCAAUCUACUGAAACAGAUAUAUAUAUUCUUCUUUAUUGCUUUAGAUUUAAAACUUCAAAAUUUGUUAUUUACACUUGAUAUUUAUUUCAGAACAAAUCACUCAACUUAAUCUGCUUUACUCUACAAAACUUGUGUAACACCAUUUGACUGUCCUCAUUCUUCUUCUCCUCCUCCUCUUCGACACGUUAUACAUGAUACCAAUGAAAAGGAUAAACUCGUUGCCACCCCCCGUCCAUCUCUCUCUCUCUCUUUCAUCAAGUUCUUUAUUUCCUCUUACGAUCCUCAAUAGAUGAUGCUAUUUUUGGUCGGUAGAAAACAGUAAAACAAAUUCAAGGCAUUCACUACCAAUAAUAUCCUUUUUCUCUUCGUCCUACUACCGUUAUUGAUGUUAUUACUCUACUGACUAGUUGGUUAUAUCUAUUCUUGCCAGCGGUGGACUCACGUCCCCCCCGUACUUCUUUAUCUAUUCUCACUUUUAUUCUGCUUCUGUUCUUUCCCCCUUCUUCAAUUUGUUAAAGAAAAAUCCCCCCCCUGACCUUUAAAAAAACACCAUUAUAAUUCUCAUUUGAUUGAUUGAUUGUUUGUCUCUUUUGUUGCUUACUAUUAUGAUUACAAAAAAAUGUGUCUUAUUCAGAAAACAAUCACUCACUCAAUCAAUCAAACCAACCAACCAACCAACAAACAAACACAAAUAAUUACACUACGAACAAAGAGUCUACCAAAUGAAAGUUUGAAAUUAUCUGUAUUUUUCUUUCCAUUGUAUUCUGGGAGAUCGAUACUCAACUAAUGAAUUAAAUUUCAUGGGUAUUUUCAACUGAAAAGUUACUGAACAUUAAAGGAUCCUGUCACAGAUUUACAAUUGUGAU